AUGAUAGUAGACCUCGCGACUUGCGCCAUUUGGUAUCAAGGGGGUGGUAAAAUGUGCAGAGAAGAGUCAUCAGAGACGGUGAUGAUGAUGAUGAUGCAAAAGAAAGACAAGAAUGAGAAGCAUGCCGAAAACAAGUUGCGAGGCCAACUAAGUCUAAGAAAUGGCCUUUGGGGUAUGAGAAAAGAACAGCCGACAAAUGAAAAAAAGAAAACCGGGCUAACCCACGCCCUAUACAACAAAUCUAGGGAGCAACGAGAGAAAAGAAUCAAAACAGCCUCCACGGUGAAGAGAAAAACAGAAGACACCAGACCCAGUACGCCUUGCUCGGUUAGAUCGCCGGUAACACGCAUGAUCGCCCCAUUUUUCUCUUUGGAUUAG